AUCCAUCUUCUUACCUGGCCCUGCUCCUCCAUCUCCCCCUUCUCUCCCCCUCCUCCCCUCCCCCGCCCCUCCAUCUCCCCCUGCAGGUCGUUCUGGGGUUGGAGUUUUCCCCUCCAGUCACGUUCCAGCUCCGGGCUGGCUCUGGACCCGUGUUCCUCUGUGGCCAGGAACAUUACAAUCUAUCCUGGGAGGAAGUGGAGGAGGAGGAGGAGGACCUGGAGGAGGAGGAAGAUGAUGAUGAUGAUGAUGAAGAUGUUGAUAUGUUCCUGGAGGAGACGCCCGUCAAACAAGUGAAGAGGCUGGCGCCCCAGAAGCAGACAGGUGCUGCCAAGGAAAAAAAGAUGGAAAAAAAAGAGGAGGCAGUAAGACAGCACCUUAAAGGGAGUCCUGCUGGAAAACCUAAAAAGCCAGGACGUUAAAAAGAGAUGAGGAGCCAGGAGUGCCUGGCUGCAGUGACCGAGGGAGAACCCGUGAGACCACCGUGCUGAGUCUGAAUGUGACGGACAUCAUGAGGGGCCAACCCAAGAGCCUCUCACCCCAGCUCUCGGUUGCUGCAGGAAGAGCCCUGACUCGGUCACAAUAAAGGUUGCUUUGCUAG